UCAAGCCCUCCCUAAAUUUGAGACUAAUACUGCUAAGUUAAUUUAAUUUUUUUGCUACAUCGUCAUUUUUUAUGUGAUAUAUAGAUGGAUUUAUGUUAUGAGUAAAGCUAAAGAGACAUUCUGAUAAGGUUGCUGUAGAUUCUAACUCCAUAACUUCGGACCAUUUUAACCAAAAAGGAUACAAGUUGCUGUAAGUGCUAGAUAGAUGGGAUUUAUGCCCUGCAACAUACGAUCUCUACUGCCUUUUGUAGGGAUGGUGGUUGCUAUGCUGGCUCAAGCUAGCAAUAUGGAAGUAACCAAAUUAGCUUUGUCUCAAGGGAUAAACAAAUAUGUAAUUAUUGUUUAUUCUGACGCUCUUUCUACUCUUGUUCUUCUUCCUUGUUCCUUCAUAAUCCACAGAUCAGAUCGGACUCCACUCGACUUCUCAUUACUUUGCAAAUUCUUCUUGCUUUCAGUGUUUGGAUGGUGUGCCCAGAUUUGUGGAUAUGUUGGUUUACAGUACAGCUCUCCUACACUUGGAACAGCCAUGCUCAAUCUCAUUCCAGCUUUUACCUUCAUACUUGCCAUUAUUUUUAGGUUGGAAAAACUUGAUCGGAGAAGCAAAAGCAGCAUUGCGAAAUCCUUGGGAACCAUAGUAUCCAUUGCUGGAGCAUUUGUUGUGACAUUCUACAAAGGCCCAACAGUCUUUGGCAUAGCUUCACAUAUUAAAGAAUCUCAUCAACUUUUUCAUUCACCACAAUUUUUCUGGAUGAUUGGUGCAUUGUUCCUUGCAGCUGAAGCUCUCAUGGAUUCAGCAUGGUAUAUUUUGCAGACUUUUAUUCUCAAGAAGUUUCCGGCAGUCUUAAUCAUAAUCUGUUAUCUCUGCUUCUUCAAUACGGUGCUGUCUGCAAUUUUUGCUCUGAUUGUUGUUGAAGACAGAAAUUCUUGGAAAAUAAAGCCUAAUAUUGGGUUGGCGACCAUUUUGUACACAGUAAAUAGACAGCUCGCCCUCCCUAUCUUUUAUUUUGGAUUAGAACUUCAAAACUGUUGCAAGUUGGAACUUAUUGAAUUAGUUUCGCCUGAAUUCUCUUGCAAUUUGCAGGCAGUUAUUGGACUUGCAUUUCGUAUCAGCUUGGUUGCUUGGUGCCUGAGCAGGACUGGACCUCUAUAUGUUACCCUGUUCAAGCCCUUGGCAAUUAUUUUUGUUGUUAUUAUGGAUGCCAUUAUUUUAGGAGAUCCUCUCUGUCUUGGAAGCCUGAUCGGAGCAAUCAUAAUUGUCACUGGGUUUUAUUGGGUGAUGUGGGGAAAGGCUAAAGAGGAGAAGGCAGGUGAUGACUCUGCAGUUGGAAGUUGUGAAUCAUCUAGUGACAAUGUGCCUCUGCUGGGAGACCUAGCCGAAGAGAUAUAGAUUACAGUCAUGUAUGUUCAUAUUCUGUAGAUAGUUUUAAAUGUAUAGUGUAAUUAAAUGCAGUUGUUUUUGUUUUGUUACUGGUGCUGCUUAAAUGCUUUUCUGGAACCAUUUCAAUCCUAAACAUGGAUUCUUAUUGAUUGAAUAUUCAUUGGACGAGA